AGGAAGAUGGUGGACUUGGCGACAACGGCGUGCUCUAAACUCCGUCCUAAACACUUUGAGAAAUACUUACCAUCUCAACCUGGUGUUAGAUACCUUUUACCUGGGGACAGACACAGAUAAUACACCCAGAAGGACCGCUGAAGAGAGCGUCUUUAUCGCCGCUGGAGAACUCUUCACUCCCGGCUCGGAGCACGGCGGAGCCUGACUGUAUCGGUUAUCCAUCAAACGGCGGAGUGUCAGCACGAGUGCUUGAAUCGAGCAGUUUUUUUUUAACACAAAGAUACGUAACGUGGAUCACCGGGCCGGGGUCUGCCACUGCUUUUGCCGCCGGAGUCCACCCAGGAGGGGAGAAGCGGAGCGAGAAGGCGGGCUAAAGUCGAUCCAGCUAGCAGCUAGCCGUGGUGAAUCGAGGUCGACAUGCCGCGGAGCAAAAGAGGGAAACGUGGCUCCGGUAAACCGGGCUCUCUUCGACAAGAGGUUCUUCAGCUGCAGCUGUCAGCCAAAACACCACUUAAAGGUAAUAAAAAUGGGCUGAAGGGAGAAUCCGCCGCCAGCGACGACGAGCUGAUGUCUGAUGUUCUCAGCCACUACAGCAGCGCCAGCGAGAGCACCACGGUGCUGGAGGACGGCUCAGGUGAGCAGGUGGAUGAGCAGACUGCCCAGGAAGAAACAGAAGACAAGCUCAAACAGUGUAUAGACAACCUAAUGGACAAGAGUGCCAAGACUCGUCUGGCCGCUCUGGAGUCACUACGACUGGCCUUCUCCUCCAGAGUGCUGUACGACUUCCUGACAGAGAGACGCCUCACUGUCAGCGACUGCUUGGAAAGAAGCCUGAAAAAAGGCAGCAGCGAGGAGCAGGCGGCGGCAGCCACAGUCUUCGCUCUGCUCUGCAUCCAGCUCGGUGGCGGAGACGAGGCAGAGGAGGGUUUUAAGAUGCUUCGUCCCAUCCUCACUGCCAUCCUGAUGGACAACACUGCCGGCAUCGCAGCUCGCCAGAGUUGUGCGAGGGCGUUGGGGAUGUGCUGCUACGUCUCCGCUGCUGAAGAUGGAGAAGAUCUGAUCAAGUCUCUGGCCCUUCUGGAGAGUGUGUUCAUGUCCUCCUACCCCAACAGAGAGGGAACGCUGCCCACUCCUAAACCCGGGAGCUCCGGUCUGCACAGCGCCGCCCUGCAGGCCUGGUCACUGCUGGUCACCCUCUGUCCGGCCUCUAAACUCACACUGCUGCUCAGUUUUCACCUUCCUAAACUGCAGGCAUGUCUCGAGAGCAGCGACGUCAACUACAGGAUAGCGGUGGGAGAGACCAUCGCCCUGCUGGUGGAGCUCGGACGAGACAUAGACGAGGACUUUGAGGUGGACGACAGUGACGGUCUCUGUGAAUGUCUGAAGAGUUUAGCCACCGAUGGCAACAAACACCGAGCCAAGAACGACAGGAGGAAACAGCGCUCCAUCUUCAGAGAGGUGUUGCACUAUAUAGAGAACGAGGACUUCACAGAGGAGAAGAUCCGGUUUGGGGUGGAAGGCGUUUACAUCGACAGCUGGAUGAGGAGACGAAUCUACGACGCCUUCAAAGAAAUCCUCGAAUCCGGGGUCCGACAUCAUCUCCAGUUUAAUCCUCUACUGAGGGACAUCUUUGGCCUCGGCGCUCCUCUCAUCCUCGACGCGACUAUCAAAGCCAACAAGAUCUCACGGUUUGAGAAGCAUCUUUUCAACUCUGCUGCCUUCAAAGCCAGAACCAAGCAGAGGAAUAAAGUUAGGGACAAACGCGCAGACGUGAUGUGAGAGUGAGGAGGAUGGAACCAACACGGGAAGAGAGGAAUCCAACACAACAUGAUGCCUUCAACGCUUUGCCUAUUGGACUCAAAGAUCCAGCCAACAUGGUUCCCCCCCCCCUGACACUUGUGCUGUUUACAGAGAGACGACCCACAGGGAUGUGGAGCAGCAUUGGUGUGGUUUUCCUUUCAGAGAUGCAUGCGACGUGAGCAGAGGUUUAGAUAUGACGGUAUUUACUCGGUCGCUACAUUUUUACUGGGGUCACCUCAGAAAGUCAUUGCAUGGCAGUGUAGAAGGUGGAGAGCCGUUUCAUCCAGGUAUAAAGGGACACGUUUAAAUGUUUGCUCAGUUUCGGGGUUGAUUCUCCGCAGCGUCUCUCAGCCGUGGGAAGUGGAUCAGUGCAGAGGGAGCAGGUGUUACCUUCUGUCUAGCUACUAUUAGCUUCUCACUAACAAUUCACACAAAAUAAACUGCAACAGAUGAAGGUUCACUCUGUUUCUGUAACUUCAUUGGCAUUUUCUGUGCUAAAAAGCAUGUCGUCUUUAGGUAUCAGAUCCUACUGGUUUUACUAACUUAAGUACACUGAAAGUCAAGUAUUACAUUUCACUCAUUUGGAAGUGAAGCUGUACCUUUCACUUUUUUUGGUGCUGCUGGGUAUUUUUGAUGCUCGGCUCCAGCUGCUGCUGUCACUGGACAGGUCUUGGUAGGUAUUUUAAUUCAAAUUCCUGAAGUUAUUCCUCAGACGGAGCGGGGCUCAGCUCCUGUCUGUAGCGUUGUUUCUGUCAUAAGUCUCUUCCACCGAUUCCUUCCUCCCUCCCAGUCAUCCUCUCUCUCUUCAGCUGCCAAACCACAGACUGACUCAACCAAUGCAACCUAAAAGAAAACGUGUGUGCUGUUUGUGUGAGAGCGUGUUUUAUUUUAAUAUUAAUUUAACCAUGAAAUGAAACACUUCAUCAUAUAAGCAAGAUGCCUAAUUGAAAACAGUGAAAUCAAAGACUGUCAUCUCUCUAUAUUCAUUGUGUUUGAGAAAACUUUUAAUUUUAACUAAUUCUGAUGAAUGUUUAUAUUUUACAUUCUAAUUUAUUAAAGGAGCAGUAGUGUGGGGGGUUUUAAGGAGCUAACUGUUUACAGUUUUUGGAAUACCUAAAUAAGUUUUUUUUUUCCCAACUUGUAAUUUUGAUGGGGUUGGUGGGUCAUAUAAUCUAUACAUGUGUAUUGCAGAUAUCCUGAACAUAGGAAUGUAUGAAAUUAUGUAUAUUUGAAAUGUUGAAUGCGUUUCAAUGAUUGAUUUUUCUCACUGGUGAGUGGUGAAUGCGUGCAGACGCUGACCAGUCAUGCUUGGCGGUGCUGCUUUUAGUUGUAGUCACAUCUACAACUUGAAUUCAUUGGACUCAAGAGUUCAGCCACUGAGGUCCAACUUUUAGUGUUUCCACUCACAUGUCACAAAACAUAUAUGAAGCUGGUAGAGAUUCUGCUGAGCCAUGCCCAGUGGAUUUGAUCUUCCUGUGAUCUUCUGGCCUCAUCAAGCUGUCUCGUCAGCACUUCUGAUGUUAGGCAACAUGGAGAAGAUGGUUUCAAUAAAGAAAAAGCAUUUCAA